AUGUCCAACAUCGAGGAUCUCGGCCGAGACACCUGGACUUCAGUUAUGGACAUCCUCGCCUUGUUCCAAGAGCUGGGUAGUCCAGCUGGCAAGGAAGCAGUGGGAGUAUUCAUGGAGAAAUACUCCAACCUUCUGGCCGAAGUGGAUCGGGAAGUAGGAGCACUAAAUACCAAGCUCGCCCAGAUCCCCAUUCUGGAAGCUGCGCUCAAGGAGGCGAACAAUCGCAAAGAUGAUAGAAACUCUGCUUCUGCAGAAGAGCAUGCCAACAUUGAGGAUUUACAGAAGGAAGUACAAGACCUCGAGACUGCCCUCUCUGAUCAGGCACGAGAUAUGGCCGAGAUGACUGCUGCUUCUAAGGAAAUGCUUGCGGCUUCACAGGAAGAUAUCGACGAAAAGACCUCCCGGGUUGCGACUCCAUCCAAGGAAGUCGAAAAGUCGGAGGAGUAA